AUGGUAGCAACACGCUCCGCCUCGCGUGCCCUCACCCCGGGCCUCGACAUGGAUGCCCCAGACCUGAGGGUCUCCCCUCGCAAGCAACGAACCCCGAGACCCGCUACUCCCUCCGGCUGGUCCCACGCGCCAACAACCACAACCCUCGUCUGGCUCUUCAUCUCCCUGCCGCUCGUGAUAUGGGACACCGGCUACGUCCUCGGGCGCCCCGCCACCAUGCCCGGAGGAUGGGCACACGCGCCACUCUGGACGCCGUAUGCCCUCUACGGCGAGGUCGACCAUAUGUACGGCUCCAAGCAGUUCAACCUGGGCAACGGGUUCACCGCGGCCCAGGGUACGCUUAAUGUUAUCGAGACCAUCAUGUACAUUGCCUACUUCGUCAUCUGGUAUCGCGCCGCGGGCAGUCUUGGGCUGAGGGACGCUAAGGAGAGGAGGAGGAUUGCUGGAAGUCAGGCUGGGCUGGCUGUCCUGCUUGGGUUCUCCGCUAGUGUGAUGACAGUCAGCAAGACCGUGCUUUACUGGCUGAACGAAUACUUCUCUGGCUUCGAUAAUAUUGGCCACAACAAGCCGUGGGACCUUCUCGUCCUGUGGAUCAUUCCAAACGGUGCCUGGCUCAUCGUCCCCUCCUACAUGAUCUACCAACUUGGUUCCGAACUCUUCGAUGCUGUUAACAUUGCGUCGCGAGCUACGGGCUCGACUAAAUAUGAUUGA